AGUGUUAGGAGCAAAACAGAAGAGAAAAUUGUACGGUCGAAUGCUGCGGUGAAUAUAAUGACUCAUAUGCACUCAGGCGUACCGUCUGUAAUGUUUGUGCACAAAAUGCCGUUGCAGUUUGUAGUCUAA